AUGGAUAAAGAACUCCCUAAAGCCAGUCCCAACAAGCUUGCACUGAACAUCAGGAAGCCUGACAAGUCCUUCAGAUGCAAGAAGCCCACCAAAAAUGUGCUGGUCUUUUUAAUCAACAGACAACUGGGCAGGCACAGAAGUGACAUCGACCUGUCAAGGUGGCUAUGGAUGCUGUCAUAAAGCAACUCCAGGGUGAACAUGGCCUUGGACAAAAAGUCAUGUGGCUUAU